GAUGAGUUUUUGUUCAGGGGUCUUUCUUCCUAGGGGGAUUUUUUCGGAGUCAUGACGUCACGAACGGUUGAAUCCCGAACGCAGUUGAGAAUCCGGAUUACUGUAUUUGUCAACACCAGUCAUGACAGCCUCCAGCCGCCCCUACUGAGUCAACUGAAGGUGGAACUGAAUUUACUCACUGCCAGGAGACUAAAACACAGACGUACACCUAACAGCUAUUUAAUGGAAGAGUUUGGGUUGGUGUACUACACACUGGUGGUGCCUCUAUCACUGCCAGUUAUCCUCCUCCUGCUCUACAUGAGAUGGCUUGGCUGGGAGUUAUAUACAAACAACUAGAAAAUUAAUGGAUACUUUUGUGACAUGGCAAUAAACUUUGUGGAUUUUCUGAUGUGUUUCAGCUCAAAGGCAUAGACAUGAAUACAGUAUAACACAAUUUUAUUUUAUUGCUCAAUGAAGAUUUAAAGACUUACUUAGUCCAAGAAUCACGUAUUUACAUACAUUGGCCGCUUUGUGUGAUCUCUGGUAGUAAUGGCGGACCACAUAACAGCAUCAGCCCUUGACAAAAAUGCAACAAUAGCAAGUGUGACACUGGCCCAUGGUCAGCCGGUGCCUCUGGCUUUUGAACGUUUAUCACUUCCUAAAGUAAGGCUUCAUAAGACUAUUGCUAGAAGAUCUGUCCAUAUUCCUUUGUCUACUACUUCACUGCCAGAAGGCUUGGAUAAUAUUGAAUCACCAGUGGCCACGCUCGUCUCGACAAAUAAUUGUCAUGUGUCUCCGAUAUCAACCCAUGUAAAUAACUUAGUAAUAAAAGGAAAGUGUGAGUCAUCUGGACAUUCUCCUGAAUGUAGAGUACCAGGUAGAACUGCAGGUGAAGGUGGAUGCCUUCAAGGGAACCUGAACCAUUCCUCUCACACUCCUGAAGGGUCUGUUAAUGAGACCUCAAGUGUAUUAACCUCAAUUACCAGCAGUGGCAGGGUAGAGUCUAAUGCCAUUGUCCUUGGUGAAGACAUGGCAGGUUGUGUGGUGGUAGAUCUGCAAUGUAACAUGGUAGUUCAGGAACAUCCAACAGUUCAGGCUCCUCCAGAACCAUACCUAGUAGAUGAACAACUUCUCGUUCAGGUCACUCAGGAGCAGGAACCAGGACACACACAAACCAGUGAACCAACAAACAAUUCAAUAAUAUAUGAUGGAGGUGCUGCCUAUGUGAAAGAACCUAAAGAUAAAUCUAUAUUUGAUGUUGCCAAGAAAAAUUCGUCGAGAAGGCUUGAAGAAAAAAAAUGUGAGAGUAAAGUAAAUGGUAAAUGUAGUGAUGGGGUGAAAACUCAGUCAAAUUUUGAAUCAAGAUGGAAUUUUCGUGAAGUUCUUGUGAAAUCAGAGUGUCCCUUGAUUACUGAAGCAUCACAAGAUGCCAUUACUCAAAAAGACGAAAGUGAAACAGAAGAUUUUGCCAGGCCAAGAAGGAAAUCGGCCAAAAAAGCAAGACUAAGAUGGAAGAAUAUUCAUGAUGUUGAUAAUAUUGGGAAAAUUAGCAUAAAGAGGCCAAGACACUCACAUUUCCUCCCAAGAGAAAAACACGUAAAUAAAAUAGAAAACCCCUUGGAACCUUUGGUUAACGAUGAAGUGGUUGAAGAUCUACCAGUGUGGGCUGAGCGACUCACAUCCGUGCAGGUGCUAGAUAAUAAGUGGGUAGUGGGUGUGGCAUCCUCCAGUGCAAUACUUCAUCAGACUUUGGAAGGACAUUCUCGAUGUGUUCUCUGUGACUAUAUAAAAAGCCAUCCAAGUAGCCUGCAGCAGCGUCAUCUCACGAGGUCACAAGCGAGCCGUAUAAUGUGGCACCACCAGCGGAUCAAGUUUGACGGAGUACCUUUUACAAUUCUCUCAUCUGAUGACCUUAAGUGUGCCUUUGGGAUGAAUUAUAAAAUUAAGAGAAAAGGUACAGAGAGAACAACAGUAGAAAAUAAACAACAAGCAGAGGAGGAUUUUGAACAGGAGGAAAGAACUGACGAAGAUAAAGAUGACUUGGAAACAAGAAAAUUGAACAAAAACAAGGUUAAAGAAGGAGAGAUGAGGGACAAUAUGCCCAAGAAGCGAUACAAAGAUGUUACUUUUACCUCUUGUACUGCGAGAAUCACCGUCAAGGUUAUUGUCAAGUACCCAGGCUAUGCAGUUCCUUAUAAUGCAAUGCCUACAGAGAGGAAGGUGAUGCUGAAAGCUCUCCGGAGAGACAUGAGUCAAGGGUCAGUUUUGGAGAAGGAGGAACUUUACCAUGUAACUUUGCCCUUAAGCUCUGUCCACAAUCAUCCACUACAAGGGCGAUCAAGAGGCAUUCAUCCCUCUGUAACUAGUAAAAUUAAGGAACUUGUAAGUAAAGGCAUCACUGCUCCUAAGGUUAUAAAGCGUAUUUUGGACACUCAUGUUAAAGAGCAGCACGAUGGAGACAUGGUGGUUCCACAACUUGAUGACAGGGCAUAUUAUCCUCGCCUGAAGGAUAUUGCUAAUCUUGUCUAUACUCAGUGUAAGAAAAUGGGAAUAUCAGCCAAACGGAAAGUCUCCAAUGAUCAGACCUCCUUUGAAACAAAUCAGAGAAGGAAGAGAAAACACAGAAGAACUAGAUCUGAUGGUGAGAAUGAGAUAGUGUGUUCUGAUAAUGUAAUGUCAGAUAGUGUGCCUCUGCAGGCCUCAACCUUGCAGGAAGCUGUGCAAACAUUUUGUACUGACGAGCCAGACAGAGGAAGUUUGAGUGGUCUGGAAGGGCGAGAGUGUAUCUCUGCUGAUGUUGUACCCAGGGAUGGAUCUGGAGAGGUCGCAAGCCUAGCAGAGAUGGUGCGGGGACAGUUGGAUACAAUACGUAGCCUUACAUAUUCUCUUCAUGAGGUAGGUGGCCUUCAGGAGAUGUAUCAGUCACUUCAGGUCAUAUUAAACCAGUACAUGACAAAUCAGCACCACACCUUACAAGAAGGAAUAACUGAAGCCCCUGCUGCCACUGCCUUCAUCAUACAGGAUUCAAUGGUAGAUUCACUACCUUCAUCAGCUUCACCUGCUCAGGGUGUGUCAGAGUCGACAGCAGAGCACCUUGUGAUCUCAGAAAGAGAUGGAAAUGGAUCUGUGAUAACUAGUAAACCCAGAACUACGCAGAAUAUAGGGAGUCAACAUGUGCGACAGUUGAGACCACCUGUUGCACUCCAGUGCUUGACUACCAGCAUGGUCCCAUCACUAGCAAUGUCACAGCUUCCAAGAUCAACCAGUCAGAAUCCUCAUCAAGCUCACACGCACAUUGUCACAUCAGUCCCUCACAGUGGAAAUACUCCAGCAACAGCUACCAUACCAACACCCACCUACCAGACACUGGGACCAGCCACACAAGAUGGCUCUCCAGCCCCUGUUCACUUAUCACUUCCUCCAUACUUUUAUUAUGUACAGGAAGUCACUGUUCCAGAGUCCAGCCAAAAUUGGACAUAUACUACUUCAUCAUGAACUUGUGAUUACCAUGGUUUCAGAUAAAAUGUGUAAAUAGACAGGAUAAUCUACAACGACUCUGAGUGAUGCAAUGAAUACAUAUAUGUUCAAGAUUGAACUAAUGUCAAAUAAAUAAUUUCUCACUUGCGAGAUAAAUAACUAUUUUACUCCAGGAACAGUUUGAAUCACUGGGCCAGAUGUUAGUUAAAUGUUGAUUUGUUUGGUGGUCAGUUUGUACAGUACCUUGUAGUUAUAAAAGUUGUAUGAUCAAGGUUUAACAUUUAGUUUUUAUAUUUUAUUUCAUUGUGUAUUGUAUUGUGUCUUUUGUUUUACUGUUUAAUGUUUGAUAGAUAAGAGAGUAAUACAUAGUACUUGUCAUGAUCAUGGAAGGUGUGUUUAGUAUGGUGGGGGACACGUUUUUCAUUUAGAUUGCUACAAGGUUAUGGAGAGUGAUGAAGGAAAAUCAGAUAGAUAUGUGAGACUUUUUUGUUGAAUGGGAAUAUCAUAGGAUUCACAGCAGAAUUCAUUUGUUAUGGCAGCAGGAAUGAAUGAACAACAAGACCUUAAAGAAGAGUGAAUAAAAAUUAUGCAUAAACUUAAAAAGGUAGUUAGGUGUUGUUUCAUCCAGUGACAAUUUAGAAUGUGUGUUAAUGCAAAGGUAAUUCACUGUUGAAGAUUGUACAAACGUCUUUCAUCAUCAUCAUUGUUGUUUCAGUUCUAUCAUUAUCAGUGGCGUGUCGUGAGAAAAUGCUAGGGUAAGCAAAUGACGCUUUCUUACUUGUAAAGUCACGAGAUCUAAAAGAA